AUGUUGAUCAAGUACAUUGCUUUAUUGCUUUAUUGCCAGUUGAGUCUCACAUUACUUAUUCCACAUGUUUUAAAACCCCGAAUUUUUUCAUUAAGAUCAACUAAACAACGAUUACAAGCAACUAUUAACCCAUUAGUGCCCACUAGAAAAUUUCAAAAGGAUUUCUCUAUUCAUUCUAUUCUCGAUGAUAAUGGAGUUAAUGGAAAUGGCAUUAGCUACACGAACAACAAUAGCUCCACUUCAGAUAAUGAUAAUUUUGUUAUAAUUCCCAAGGAAUUAAUUAAUCCCACCAUGUUUUCAACUUUGGGAUUGAAUAAGUUGUUCAAUUUGGCUGACCAUGAAGAUCAUAAUCAUAAAUGGAUGAAUUUUAGCUUACAAGAUCAACUCUACAUUCCUCAAGAGUUCAAAACUUAUUUCGUCUUCAACACCAGUACAAUCAAGCAGAGUACGGGAUUGGACAUGAUUCAUAAACUACAACAACAGACUCAAAAACAUUACAACUCCCAUACAUUGACUCAAUUUUUACUGCACAUUGUACCAUUUGACAUUCCUGAACUUGUUGAAUUGGUUGAUUAUUAUAUGGUGGUGCCAAAUUUACCCAAUUUACAUAAUUUAACAUCAUCGAUUUAUCACGAAGGGCUAUUAAGUUAUCCAAUGCUGCAAUUACCGGUAUUUCGAUCACAAUUGAGUGGCAAUAAACCAUUGAUUGUUUUCAUGUUUAACGAAACUGAUGAUUUUAAUGUUCCAAUUGACCACGUUUCAAUAUCACUGUUACAACAACAACAACUGGAUCCAAUUUCGAAAACAACUACGCACAUCAUGUCAAUUAAGAAUUAUUUGAAAGCUCCCACUACAUUUUCAACUUUUUUUGACAAGUUUGCUCGCAACUGGAUUGAUCAAGUUGAUUAUGAUUCUUUAAUUCAUUCAGUAUUUUGUAAUGUUAAUAAUCACGAUGAAGAUCAUAGUUUUUGUUUGAAAUUGCGUCAACAAAUGGUUGAUAUUGUGCCUGCAUUUAAGAAAUUUGUUGCCAAAUCUGAUCCCAACAUUGUUGCCACUGCAGCAACAGCUACAUCGUCUCUGUUGAAACUGAACAGAGUAGCAUCUUAUUUGGCGAAUGGGAAUGACAUCAAGGUUCAAAGUCAAGCGGUUCGACAAGUUCAUGAUAAAUUACAAGCCAAGAAACACGCUUUAACGAUGGCUGGUACCGCUGGAGUCAAUUUAAUUCGAAACCCAAAAGAGGUCUUACACAAAUUAGAUGAUUUGAUCGAUGACAAACACGAUAAUCAGUUGAAUAAAUUAGACGAUAAAAGGGAUUCUCUUUGGAGUUCACUUGAUGACAAAAAAGAGGCCGUGUUGAGUUCAAUUGACGAUAAAAAGGAUUCAGUAAUGGACUCAGUAAUGGAAUCCAUCGGAAACAAGAAAUCAGCUGUCCUCGACGAAUUUGACGUUGGUAUUGAUGGAGGUAAGAUCCUAACUUCCAUAGAUGAUAAACGACAACAAUUUACUGAUUUAAUUCAACGUAAAAAAGAGGAUUUACAAACAUGGAAAUUCAAACCUCAAUUGUUUGAGAAAUCAAACAAGAAGGAAAAAUUAGUUGAUAAAUUGAAAUUGAAAUUGAAUCGUGAUGGCGAUGAUGAUUACGACUCCGAUUAUGACCAUCCUGCGUUAUACUCUGAUUAUUCUGAUGAAGAUCGAUACGGAAGCCACAAUGAUAAUAAUGGCAAGCAUAUCCAUAAGAGGAGUAUUGCCGUUGCAUCUAAUGGAUUAAGGAAAAGAUAUCUUGAUGACGCAUCCCUACAGUCUGGAGUUGGUGAUUAUUUCGAGGAAGGCGGGUUUUCAUUGCCUUUAUCAUUACUAAACUAUCAAGAGCCAAACAGUAAUGACGAAGAAAGCAAUAACGACGACGUUGAUAGACUUGAUGAUGAACCACCGAGGAAAAAUACCUACAGUCAAGUAAUGAAUUUGGAUCCAUUAUCACCAAUGAAUCGCAAACGAUCAUCUAAAGAAGUAGAAGAAGAUGGGGUGCUCGCCGAAGAACCAUGUCAACCAAUCACGUGGUACAAUAUUUUCCAUCAUAGUGUAUUUGGUGAACCUAACUUUUGCAAUGAAGAGUAG